AUGCUUAAACCAUUUCAGGAAUUGGCCACCCCUCGACACAUCCUUCAGGACUCCCAGCCAGAUGACAACUCCAAUCCUUUACUAGAGAAGCCUACUGUUCUCCCAACAAUCACGUUGGAACAUCAUCAUCCUCACGAUAACUCAAACUACUUUUUGGUGAUUCCGGAAGUACUUUCAGUGUUGACGGAAUCCAUAUUUGAGUUAAAAGGCAUUAGUAUUAAACGGAUAUCGACGAUUAAAGUGACAUACCCUGACACAAACGAUUCAGACAACGAUACUUUGGACUUUGACGAGGCCACACAGCUUUAUAACGUCAAAGAUAACUAUAUUCUUGAACAGGACUUGAAGGAUAUUCCUGUUUACUGUCUCAAAACUCCUUCUUGCAAAGUGGAUUUUGUUACAAUUCCCUCUUUUCGCAAUAAGAUCAUCUACAAUUUACUGGCAAACACAAUUCUAAGCUCGUAUGAUGUGCAUAGGCUAAUUACAUUCGGUACAUGCGAGCUUUGUGAGGAGGAAACAGUACGUAAGCUCAUUUCAAAAGAUUACCAUGAUUCGCCUACCGUUUUGCAUAAGAUAAGCGAUAUGGUACCUCCAAAUAUUGUGACGGGAAUCGCAGGCUCAUUUUCCUCGAGAGCCGCAUUGGUUAAUAUACCAUUUGCUACUAUUGGUGUUGAUGCAGAAGGUGCAUUCAGUUUGGAUAUGGAGAAAUUGAACUUGGAUGCUGUGUCUACCGUUGCUCCCGUUCUAAACGAAAUGUUCAAUAUUGACAGCACCGGACAAUUCCUCAAAUUUAUUGAAUCCAAGCUUGACCUAAAAAGAGCUUCGAAUGGUGGCCUUUAUAUGUGA